AUGGGGUGGGUGUUCAAUGCAAUAAGCGAUGGCUUGAUAGAUAGAAAAGAAAACCAAUAUAAAACUGUGUAGGAGCCGAUCAGCACCCAUUCCUGUUUUCCUUUCCUUUUUCUUUUGUGGGGGCCGAUCAGCACAGCAGUGAGUGCUAGUGUAGCUUUUCGAUCAAUCCCUGCAAAAUUAGGGUUUUUUCAUCUUCUAUUCUAAAACAUUGUAAACGUGACUCCUUUGUAUUCUGUUCUUCUCUCUUCCCUUCCCAGAUCACAUCGCGCCCCAAAUCCUUAUAAAUUUUCUCUUAAUAAAUUAAUCAUUCGCCACCCAUCUACCUUCUGUCAGCAUCAAUGGCGGAGCACUUAGCUUCCAUCUUCGGUACCGAGAAGGACCGCGUUAACUGCCCAUUUUAUUUCAAGAUCGGCGCCUGUCGUCACGGCGAUCGAUGCUCUCGCCUCCACAAUCGCCCUACCAUCUCACCUACUCUUCUCCUCUCCAACAUGUACCAGCGUCCCGACAUGAUCACCCCAGGCGUCGAUGCUCAGGGUCAGCCCAUCGACUCUCGCAAGAUUCAGGAGCAUUUUGAAGACUUCUACGAGGACAUUUUCGAAGAACUCAGCAAGUUUGGCGAGAUCGAGAACCUCAACAUCUGCGAUAACCUCGCCGACCACAUGAUCGGCAACGUCUACGUCCAAUUCAAGGAGGAAGACCAGGCUGCCGCCGCUUUGCAGGCCUUGCAGGGCCGCUUCUACUCCGGCCGUCCAAUUAUUGCCGACUUUUCUCCUGUCACCGACUUCCGCGAAGCCACGUGCCGUCAAUACGAGGAGAAUAAUUGCAACCGAGGGGGUUAUUGUAAUUUCAUGCAUGUCAAGCUCAUCGGCAGAGAUUUGAGGAGGAAGCUCUUUGGGAGGUCCCGCCGGUUUAUGGGAAGUCGAAGCCGGAGCAGGAGUGUCAGCCCGCAUUACGGGAGGGACUAUGAUAGGCGGGGCUAUAGGGACCGCGAGGAUAAUCGUGGUGGCAGUGGGAGACGGAGCUCCGGGGAGAGGCAUGGGAGGUACGACAGUGAUAGCAGCGGAUGGAGGAGACAUGGGAGUCCAAGACGGAGCAGGAGUCCGGUAAGGGAAGGGAGUGAGGAGCGCCGAGCCAGGAUUGAACAGUGGAACCGAGAGAGGGAGGAGAGGCCGUGAUUAAUAGGAUUUGUCUGGUGAUUAUUCUGUGUCGUCCGAUCCACAUUGUAGCUAUAGCUCUGGCACUUUUCUCUCACUGGUAAUCAUUCUAGGCCCGAUGUUAUGCUUAUUAUCCGUCAUAGAAACUGAAGGAUCUUCUGUAUUUUCUUGUUAUGAAUGAUGAUGGAUUUAGCUGAUUCAAUGUUCUAACUUUCUUUUGUGAGUUUUGCUAGAGUUUAGAACACGAGAGUAGUUUUUCUACGUGAGGUUAAAGGCUUCAAGUUGCUCGAUACCAGCUUUGAUGCUACAUAUUUGUGCCCUUUUGUUCUUUUGUCCCAUCCUAGUAUCUGGUGUGGUGUUGUAUUCCAUGACCUUUUUGCGAUCAACUGUCACCCUGUUCAUAUCUGGUCCCAUAUCUAUGAAAAUAGGAGAUCAUGCACAUCAUUUACUCUUUAAGAUCCCCCAUUGGGAUAAAAUUUUAUGUUUAUUCGG